GUUGUCAAGUCGACGCCGGCAGGGCGGCAACUCUAUUCAACUUGUCGUUUAGUCAAACAUGUUUUGGACUAUAAAUCAAGCUUAUCUUUUCGAGAGGGAUCAAUAGAGAAAUUUUUUCAGAGAUCGUCAGAUCGAUAGCCAUUUUUUUUAUAAUUAUUUAAAAAAAUAUGUGUACAUUAGAGAAGCGAGGUAGCCUCUACAUUCUUACUCUUACCGGCUCGGGAGAGCACCGGCUAAACCCCACACUGAUCGACGCAAUUCAAUCGGCUUUGCGCCGAGUCAAAGCGGAGCCGACCACUUCGUCGUCAGCUUUAAUCACCACCGCCCAAGGCAAGUUCUUCUCCAACGGUUUUGAUCUCGCCUGGGCCCAAUCAAUCCAAUCAAAUCUCCUCCUUAUGUCGCAGAAGUUACAAUCUCUUAUACACGAUUUAAUUACCCUUCCCAUGCCGUCGAUAGCCGCGAUAUCGGGCCACGUGUCAGCCGCCGGUGUUUUUUUGGCUUUAAGCCACGAUUACGUUUUGAUGAGAAAGGAUCGAGGGUUUUUGUACAUGAGUGAACUCGAUAUAGGGAUGACAAUCCCGGCUGUUUAUAUUGCUUUGCUUGAGAGUAAGAUUGGUGAGCCGAUGGCUCGACGCCAGAUGUUGUUGAGAGCGGCUAAGUUGACAGCUAAAGAGGCGGUGGAGAGGGGUAUUAUUGACGCGGCGUAUGAUAGCGUUGACGAGACUAUCAGAGCUGCGGUUGAAUUGGGGGAGGAGUUGGUUAAGAGGAAGUGGGAUGGACACGUGUACGCUCAGAAUCGAAUGGUGAUUUUAAGAGAAGUGUUGGAUAAAUUGGAGUUUGAUGAGACUGGAGGUGGGAUCACAAACACCAAAUCAAAACUCUAAUAUGGAAAUGGAAGUGAUUUGGAAUAGUUUCAUUCUUCUUAAGCAAAAUCAAUUCAAAAUUGCAGAUUGAUAGUAAAACUCUAGUUUUGAAGCGUUGUA